GGGCGCGCGGCUGCGGCUGCGGCGGCGGCGGCGCGGCGCUUGAAGGGGCCGCGUCGGGCGGAGCAGCGCGCCGCCAACAUGUCGGAUACGAAGGUAAAAGUUGCCGUCCGGGUCCGGCCCAUGAACCGAAGAGAGCUGGAACUGAACACCAAGUGCGUGGUGGAGAUGGAAGGGAACCAGACAGUCCUGCACCCUCCUCCUUCCAAUACCAAGCAGGGAGAAAGAAAACCUCCCAAGGUGUUUGCCUUUGAUUAUUGUUUUUGGUCCAUGGACGAAUCGAACACAACAAAAUAUGCUGGUCAAGAAGUCGUCUUCAAGUGCCUCGGGGAAGGGAUUCUUGAGAAAGCCUUUCAGGGAUACAAUGCUUGUAUCUUUGCGUAUGGCCAGACAGGCUCUGGAAAGUCCUUUUCCAUGAUGGGCCACGCAGAGCAGCUAGGCCUUAUCCCGAGGCUCUGCUGUGCUCUGUUUCAAAGGAUCUCCCUGGAGCAAAAUGAGUCACAGACCUUUAAGGUGGAAGUAUCGUAUAUGGAGAUCUAUAAUGAGAAGGUCCGGGACCUCUUGGACCCCAAAGGGAGCAGGCAAUCUCUUAAAGUCCGAGAGCACAAGGUCCUGGGGCCAUAUGUCGAUGGUCUAUCUCAACUGGCCGUUACUAGCUUUGAGGACAUUGAGUCACUGAUGUCUGAGGGAAAUAAGUCUCGAACGGUAGCGGCGACCAACAUGAACGAGGAGAGCAGCCGCUCCCAUGCAGUCUUCAACAUCAUCAUCACACAGACGCUGUAUGACCUACAGUCUGGGAACUCUGGGGAGAAAGUCAGCAAAGUGAGCCUGGUCGACCUGGCUGGGAGCGAGAGAGUGUCGAAGACCGGGGCUGCUGGCGAGCGGCUCAAAGAAGGCAGCAACAUUAACAAAUCGCUUACAACCUUGGGAUUGGUUAUAUCAUCACUGGCUGACCAGGCCGCUGGCAAAGGCAAAAACAAAUUCGUGCCUUAUCGAGACUCAGCCCUCACUUGGCUUCUUAAGGACAAUUUAGGAGGGAACAGCCAGACCUCUAUGAUAGCUACCAUCAGCCCAGCAGCAGACAACUACGAGGAGACACUGUCCACGCUAAGAUACGCAGACCGAGCCAAGAGGAUUGUGAACCAUGCCGUGGUGAAUGAAGAUCCCAAUGCCAAGGUCAUCCGGGAGCUGCGAGAGGAAGUAGAGAAGCUGAGAGAGCAGCUCUCGCAGGCUGAGGCCAUGAAGGCUCCUGAGCUGAAGGAGAAACUCGAAGAGUCCGAGAAACUGAUAAAGGAGCUAACAGUGACAUGGGAAGAGAAGCUGAGGAAGACGGAAGAGAUCGCUCAGGAGAGACAGCGGCAGCUGGAGAGCAUGGGGAUCUCCCUGGAGACCUCUGGCAUCAAGGUGGGAGAUGACAAGUGCUACCUCGUCAACCUGAACGCAGACCCCGCCCUCAACGAGCUUCUGGUUUACUAUUUAAAGGAUCACACCCGGGUGGGUGCAGAUACCUCUCAGGACAUCCAGCUCUUCGGAAUAGGGAUUCAACCCGAGCACUGUGAGAUCAACAUCGCAGCGGAUGGAGACAUCACUCUCACGCCCAAAGAAAACGCAAGGUCCUGUGUAAAUGGCACCCUUGUCUGCAGUACGACCCAGCUGUGGCAUGGCGACAGGAUCUUAUGGGGAAACAACCACUUUUUUAGGAUUAAUUUACCUAAGAGGAAACGGCGGGACUGGCUGAAAGACUUUGAGAGAGAAACCAGUGCCGCAGACCAUGAUCUGGACGCUGCGAGCGAGGCUUCGUCGGAGCCAGACUACAACUAUGAGUUCGCACAGAUGGAGGUCAUCAUGAAAACACUGAACAGCAACGAUCCAGUUCAGAAUGUGGUCCAGGUCCUGGAGAAGCAGUACCUGGAGGAGAAGAGGACCGCCCUGGAGGAGCAGCGGCUCAUGUACGAGCGCGAGCUGGAGCAGCUCCGCCAGCAGCUCUCUCCCGAGAGGCAGCCGCCCAGCAGCGCCUCUGACCGCCUGGCCUACAGCAGCCAGACAGCCCAGCAGAAGGUGACCCAGUGGGCCGAGGAGAGGGAUGAGCUCUUCAGGCAAAGCUUGGCCAAGCUUCGAGAGCAGCUGGUGAAAGCCAACACUUUGGUGAGGGAAGCCAACUUCCUAGCUGAGGAGAUGAACAAGCUUACUGACUACCAAGUGACUCUGCAGAUCCCUGCGGCCAACCUCAGCGCCAACAGGAAGUCUUUAGCUGUGAGGGGAGUGUCAGAAUCACGUCCACUGUUUUCCAUCACGAUGCAGAGAGGAGCUAUAGUCAGUGAGCCCGCCAUCCAAGCCAGGAGGAAAGGGAAGAGCACCCAGGUCUGGACCAUUGAGAAGCUGGAGAAUAAGUUAAUUGAUAUGAGAGACCUUUACCAAGAAUGGAAAGAAAACGUCCCUGAGGCCAAGAGGCUCUAUGGGAAGCGAGGUGACCCUUUUUAUGAAGCUCAGGAGAAUCACAACCUCAUUGGUGUGGCUAAUGUGUUUUUGGAAUGUCUCUUCUGUGAUGUGAAGCUUCAAUAUGCAGUACCCAUUAUCAGCCAGCAGGGGGAGGUUGCCGGGCGCCUCCAUGUGGAGGUGAUGCGAGUUACAGGAUCCGUUCCAGAGCGCGUGUCGGAAGAUGACUCUUCAGAGAACUCUAGUGAAAGUGGGAGUCUUGAAGUGGUGGACAGCAGCGGGGAAGUCAUUCACCGGGUCAAAAAGCUGACAUGCCGGGUGAUAAUUAAAGAGGCAACCGGGCUACCUAUAAGCCUUUCAAACUUCGUCUUCUGUCAGUACACGUUCUGGGACCAGUGUGAGUCUGCAGUGGCUGCCCCGGUGGUGGACCCAGACGUGCCUUCCCCGCAGUCCAAGGAUGCCCAGUACACGGUGACCUUCUCUCACUGUAAGGACUACGUGGUGACGGUCACAGAAGAAUUCCUGGAGUUCAUUUCUGAUGGCGCGCUGGCGAUUGAGGUGUGGGGCCACAGGUGUGCUGGGAACGGAAGCCCCAUCUGGGAGGUUGAUUCGCUCCAUGCAAAGACAAGGACAUUGCAUGACAGGUGGAAUGAAGUGACCCGUAGAAUAGAGAUGUGGAUCUCCAUACUGGAACUGAACGAGCUGGGGGACUACGCCGCAGUGGAGCUUCACCAGGCCAAAGACGUCAACACCGGCGGCGUCUUCCAACUCAGACAGGGUCACUCCCGUAGAGUGCAGGUCACAGUAAAACCCGUGCAGCAUUCGGGGACACUGCCACUCAUGGUUGAAGCCAUCCUGUCAGUGUCCAUUGGCUGCGUGACCGCCAGGUCUACCAAGCUGCAAAGAGGGCUGGACAGUUACCAGAGAGAGGAGGAGGAUGGCGGUGAUAUGGAUAGUUAUCAGGAGGAAGACUUGAACUGUGUAAGAGAGAGAUGGUCAGAUGCGCUCAUUAAACGACGGGAAUACUUAGACGAACAGAUUAAAAAAGUCAGCAAUAAAAAAGAGAAAACAGAAGACGACAUGGAGCGGGAAGCCAGACUGGUGGAGCAGUGGGUGGGGCUGACGGAGGAGAGGAAUGCCGUGCUGGUGCCCGCCCCUGGCAGCGGGAUCCCGGGGGCACCUGCUGACUGGGUCCCCCCUCCUGGGAUGGAAACACACAUACCGGUUCUCUUCCUGGAUCUGAAUGCGGAUGACCUCAGUGCCAAUGAGCAGCUGGUGGGCCCACACGCGUCGGGUGUGAACUCCAUCCUGCCCAAGGAGCACGGCAGUCAGUUUUUCUACCUGCCCAUCAUAAAGCACAGAGAUGAUGAGGUUUCAGCCACAGCCUCCUGGGACUCCUCUGUGCACGACUCUCUUCACCUGAAUCGGGUCACACCACAGAACGAGAGGGUCUACCUGAUUGUGAAGACCACCGUUCAGCUCAGCCACCCGGCCGCCAUGGAGUUAGUGUUGCGGAAGCGGAUUGCAGCCAAUAUUUAUAAUAAGCAGAGUUUCACCCAGAGUUUGAAGAGACGGAUAUCACUAAUCAAUAUAUGUUACUCCUGCGGCGUGACCUAUGAGAUCGUAUCCAAUAUCCCAAAGGCGACUGAGGAGAUUGAGGACCGGGAAACCCUGGCCCUCCUGGCGGCGCGGAGUGAGAACGAGGGUACUUUGGAUGGCGAGACGUACAUUGAGAAGUACACGCGGGGUGUGCUGCAGGUCGAGAACAUCCUGAGUCUAGAGCGGCUCCGGCAGGCUGUCACGGUGAAGGAAGCGCUCUCCACCAAAACAAGGCACUUCAGAAGAAGCCUCAGUACGCCAAAUGUUCACAACGUCUCCUCUAGCCGGCCAGAUCUCUCUGGCUUCGAUGAAGAUGAUAAGGGCUGGCCCGAGAACCAGUUAGACAUGUCUGACUACAGCUCCAGUUACCAAGACGUCGCCUGCUAUGGGACUUUACCCAGGGACUCGCCUCGAAGGAGCAAGGAAGGUUGUCCAUCAGAGAAUCCUCAUGCCUUAACAGUCAGCCCUUUUAAAGCGUUCUCUCCUCAGCCACCAAAGUUCUUCAAACCCCUAAUGCCUGUGAAAGAGGAACAUAAGAAAAAGAUGGCCCUUGAAGCAAGACCUCUCCUAAGCCAAGAGAGCAUGUCUCCAUCCCAGGCACCUAACCCUGGCUGCGUUGUGCCCUCAGGAAGCAGUGGCAGCCGCAUGCCAAUAGAGCCCAAUAGCAGACCCGAGAGGAAGAUUGACUCGGAAGAGGAAGACAACGAGCUGGAGGCUCUCAGCAGGAAGCUGCAUGCCCAGCCUUAUGUACCCGUGGAGUUUGCUGACUUCAGUGUUUACAAUGCCAGCUUGGAGAACAGGGAGUGGUCGUCUUCUAAAGCAGACCUGACAGACUCGAGAGCCUUGGAGAAAGCAGUGUCUCGUAGCCCUACCACCAGCAGCCUCACCAGUGGCUACUUCUCCCACAGUGCCUCCAAUGCCACGCUCUCUGACAUGGCAGUCCCUUCCAGCGACAGCUCAGACCAGCUAGCCAUCACCACAAAGGAGGCGGAGUGCAGCGAGCGCCCGGGCCCAUCACUCGCACCUGACGUCAGACCAGCUUCGAAUCAAGAGCUCACAGAAGCAGAAAGAGGCUUGGCGAAGGAGAAGACAAUCGCAGCGCCACUGGAGGAAAACAGUGCCUUACCCAAGGGGAGCCCAUCACCCCAGCGCAUCCCCGAGGAAAAUCCCAGAAUGCCAUGCAGGACUGCCUCAGGUUCAGAACUGGAUGCCGGCCCUAGCAAAGAUGGCCACCAAGCUAGAGAAUUCUGCCCAGGAGAGGUGACGAUAGAACACACUACAAACAUUUUAGAGGACCAUUCCUUCACAGAGUUCAUGGGUGUGUCUGACGGCAAAGACUUUGAUGGUUUGGAGGAUUGUUCUGUAGAAGAACCCUCCUGUAGGAGGGAUCUAACAAAUGAAACAGACCACAAAGGUGUCCCAGAAGGACCUCCAGAUGUUGACCAGCUGCAUAGCGAGAUGGAGACCGACCAGGAAACCACUCGGUAAGGGACAGCCACGUCUCUCCAGGCCACAGCUCAGCAGCUUGGCAGCUUCGUUCAUCGGUCCCGCCCUGGGACAGUCCAAGCCGUGACCCAGCCCAACCUCAGAGCAGCCUGCCUGCGGGAGUCCUGCACUUCCCUCCCCUGUGGGAGAAGCAGCACCUUUUCCCCUGGCGAAUCACAGCCCCUGCUCUUUCCAGAAAGGAAGAGAACGCAAAUGUCGGCUUACCUAUGUGGCAGUAUUUUCACUAGCACUUCGUGCACGCCCCUACUGGGCAAAGACCUCCACAGACCCAAACUUUAUUCUUGUACAUUUUAAUCAGUUCUUCCUGCAGACUCUGGAGUCAGUGCUCUGAUCUCUCUCUUUUUAUAAAUAAUAUAUAUUAUGUAUAUGAAUUGUGUAUCUACGGUAUGUCUGUCCAGAGACAUAUCUACACACUAAAGGGCAGACGGAUGAUUUGUUGAAAAUCACCAGGUACUGGACUUUGUUACAAAGCCACCCCAAUGACUGCUUUGGCAUGAGCAGAUGGAAAGGAUAUUUUAUAUUAUGUAAGACUGAGGUUCUAAAUCCUCUUUAUAGAAACGGUUGCAGGCACUGUUCUUUAUAACCAAAGAACUUCCAGGAGACUGAUCGUCUUUGCUGUCCACUCUUGUUGUGUGAGUGUGUAAUCUCACUCCAGUCUGGUGCCACACUUCCCCUGGCUACUGAGUCACGUGCUUUCCCAGUCCCUGUACCCUUUUCUAAGCACACUGAGAAAUCGCACAGCUAUAACCUUCAGUUUUCCACCAAGUUCCUACUGACUUGAUAUCGACCAGUGACACGGCCUGGCGGGGCUCCUGCUCCGCCCUAGCAUCCUGUCCACCUAUCCAAGCAGGCGGAGUGCACAGGGCAGUGUUACAGCUAGCCACGCAGCGCUGUACCAAGAGUCUUCAUUCAAGGCUUCUUUACCGAUCUGUUCCAGAUCGCUAGAUUCUCGUGUGGUGUGGGUUUGCCAUUUUGCUCAACUCUGGAAAAUGCUGAAGAGAAGGACUGAGCUAUCCAGUUUGUAGGUUUGCACGUCACCUUGUUUGAGGGGGAUUCAACAUCGAACCGCUCCGUUGUCUUUUUUUUUCUUUUUUUGUUUUCAAAGUAUCCUGCAAGGAGAGACAUUGUAGGAUCAUGUGUGGAAAAUUUACAAAUAUAUUUUAUGUGCUUACUCUGUAGAUGCCUGUGCAAUGGACAGCUACACGUGUGUUGUGAGGAAGUGAGAGCAUGUGUGCAGCCUGCUGUACUUUUUUUUUUAAGUUCUUAGCAUUGGUGAGGGAGAUCCGGGAGAUUCUAUUGACAAGCUGCUGUUUUAUGUGUAUAGUGAGCUGACGGUAGUAUUUUACUAUCAUCUGUUUAAAACAAAAACUGUAAUUUAUAUUCCCUUUCAACUUUAUUGUAUUUAAUUGGUACAGAUUUGUGUGUGUUUUAGAAUACAAACUGUCUAAUUCAGAGUUCAAA